GGCUCAUCGAAUAGUUCUACUUCAAGACUUAUCCCCUGAUGGCAAGUAGGAUUUAAGCCUUGGGUACUUUUUGGGGCUCGAUGAAGACCAAUCUAAUAAUCAACAGCUUAGCACCGCUGUAAUAUUGGCCGACCAGCCGAGAUCUCCAGGAACCUUAGCAAACCCCACAGAUCAUCCACCUAUCGCUGUGAUAUAUCUUCCCGGCAUCUUGGUUCGGGGUCUUGGCUUCGUGCUGUUUCGAGCCCGAGCGUGUGAACCCUCCAAGUUUUAUAUUAGACGUUUCUGGAAAAUGUGUAAAUAUAAAUACGACCUCUAGACUUUCUUUCCUUUGCUAGAAAUCGGGAAGAUAGAUGCCUGCAACUUGAGCUAUUAGAGGAAUAUCUGUUAAAAAAUAGUUUUCAAGCACAGCGUUUCGACGAUGCAGCUCGACCUAAUGAGCUCGCUUAUAGCUGCGCUUGCUCUCCUCUCGCCAGCACUUGCGACGGAACACUCCAAGAUCCCGUCCCGUCCCAAUGUCGUACCAGGGCCUUAUAACGCCGGCAAAGCUAUGCCGCCCUCGCCUCCGCGUGAGGAAGGGAGGUACUGCCACGUAAAGCAAGGGUGUAGCACGAAACGCGACGAUGCACCGCAUAUACUGCAGGCUCUGCGAGAAUGCAACAACGGUGGUACCGUCGUAUUCGACAAGGCGUAUCAGAUUGGCUCGCCGCUAGAUCUCAAUUUUCUCAAGCACAUCGACAUUGUCAUCACCGGCUCCAUCGCUUUCGACGACUCUGACGUGUACUACUGGCAGAACAAUAGCUUCAAGUACGAGUUCCAGAACCAGAGCGUGUUUUGGAAGUUCGGUGGAGAGGAUGUCAAUAUAUACGGCGACUUGACUCUGGAGGAGGGGAAGAGUGUCAUCGAUGGCAAGGGUCAGGCGUAUUGGGAGGAGUUGCAGAAUAAUACGGCUUUGUAUCGGCCUAUGCUCUUUGCCUUUGACGGCAUGAAAGGGGCCACCAUGUCGAAUCUGCGGAUGCGCAACCCGCCAAACUGGUUCAAUAUUAUUGCGAAUAGUUCCGACAUCAUCGUUAGCAAUAUGGAUCUUCGCGCGGAGUCACUUAACGGGGUGAAAAUUGCCAACUCGGAUGGUUGGGAUACCUACCGUUCCGAUCGAGUAGUAAUACAAGAUUCUUUUAUUCGGAAUACCGAUGACUGCGUGUCCUUCAAACCAAACAGCACCAACGUUGUCAUCCAAAACUUGGAGUGUAUUGGCUCGCAUGGUAUUAGUAUUGGUUCUAUUGGCCAAUACGUGGAUCAAACAGACAUAGUUGAGAACCUUCACAUCUACAACAUCUCCAUGACUAACGCUAGCGACUUUGCGAGGAUAAAGGUGUGGCCCGGCGCGCAGACUAACUUCCAGACUCAUCUCGUCGGCGGUGGGGGAUCUGGCUAUGUUCGGAACGUUACGUAUGACCUCCUUCAUAGCAUUAAUAACGAUAGGGCCAUCACCAUCACGCAGUGUUACGGACAGAGCAACGAGACGUUGUGUAAUGAGUUCCCGGCCAACUUAACUAUCGAGGACGUAACCAUGAAGAACAUCUACGGAACGACCUCUGCGAAGUUGGACCCGCAAGCAGGCUCGCUUGUAUGCAGCGCACCGGACCGAUGUAGCAACAUCAAAAUUGAAAAUAUCACGGUCACGGUUCCGAGUGGAGAGUCUCCGGUUUACGAGUGUAGGAAUAUGGAUAACGGCCUGCUACAACUGACUUGCGUUGCAGAAUCCGAGGAAGAUCGGGAUACGGAGCAAGGUUAGGGGUGCAUCUUGCCGAAAUCUCUGUAUAUUUGAAUAAAUA